AAGCGGAUGUUGAUGUCAGCUGACAGUUCUUCCUUCCCUCUUUUACUUUGCCUGCAUGAAUUGGUACAAAUACAUUACAAUUCAUUUGAAAUAAAUCUAAAACAAUUAAUUCAGAGGGAAGAGAGAUAACUGAAAUGUCCGCGAAACCAACUUGUUUGAUAGUGGCGAGUGCCUCUGCUCAAGGGGUGUCGGCGAAGUCUUUCCAUCAGUCCUUCAGCCUUUGUACCUCAGCCUUUAACCUCCAGACAGCCACACCAGGGGGGAAGCCCAUAGAUUUUGUCGGUGUGGAUGAAAGCACUGCUAGAUGGGUGCAGGACUUCAAUGUGAAACCAUACGCAACACCAGCUAAACUGGAGUCAAUAGAUGGUGCUCGAUACCAGGCACUGCUUAUCCCAGACUGCCCUGGAGCACUGAAUGACCUGGCACACAGUGGCUCUUUGCACCGCAUUCUCUCACACUUCAUCUCCCAGCAGAAGCCGGUUUGUGCAGUGGGACAAGGAGUGUCCGGGCUAUGUUGUGCCACUGAAGGACAGAGUUGGAUCUUCAGUGGCUACAGCUUAACAGGGCCAUCAGUGUUUGAACUGGUGCGAAGGCCUGACUUUGCAAACCUGCCCUUAAUCGUGGAGGACUUUGUGAGAGACAGUGGAGGAUCAUACACAGCAAGUCCAGAAGACGCAGUGCACGUUGUAGUAGACAGACACCUCAUCACUGGACAGAAUACACAGUCAACCUCACUUGCUGUAAAUAAUCUAAUCCUGCUCUGUAAUUCAAAGUAAACACAGAACAUGUUCAAAUCAGAAAUUAAAUUGCUGAGUUGUUCCAACUUUAUAUUCACGUUAUUACACAAACAUUCAUCCCAGAUGAAUAUUGGAAGACUCUGGGUCAGAACAUAUGUUUAGCAACAUUGUAAAUACAACCUCACCUUCUCAAUGCUCAUGUUCUGAACUUAAUAAAAACACACAAUCAAACGUCUUGAUUUGAAAAUUUAAAAAAAAAGAGAAAACUUGGGAUGUUAGGUUCAGAUGCAGUUUUAAGAAAACCAGGAGAAGGAUGCAUCUUCAGCAAGCAAAACCAGACUCUUCAGUUCUGAAAUGGAGAGCUAAAUAGAAGAUGUUUGAGGCGAGUGAACUCUGAAAGGCUCAGAACAACAACACAACCCUUCAUUUUGACUUACACAUACUGUACAUAUUGAUGGUCAUGCACCUUCUGUGGCUGAAUGAAGAUGUUACUGAACUCUAAAUGAAGUGUUCAAGUUGAUUCUUUCAAUCACAUUCAUGAGUAUACAUACUGAAGUACCUACUAUCUACUGCUUGUACCACUUGAAUCAUCAAAUCCCAGAUUUGUUUGCAUUGAUUUUAAAACCCUUAAACAACUUGAGAACAUGUCACUCACUCCCAAAGUAAGACCAGCAUACAGCUCUUGGUUUUUCUGAAUGCAUCUUGUCAAAAAGAAAAAAAAAUGCUGAUGAUUAAGUGUUCUGUUUCCACUGUCAAGUCCAUCUCUCAUAGGAGAUCAUAGAAAUAGUCCAGUCCUUGUCCCAAUUCCCACAAGGAAAUUCCUGUUCCAAGUUCAGUCGCUAAUGAGAUCCGCUGGUAGAUUGACUGUAAAAUAAUUCAAACAUUGUUAACCCUAAUAAAACAUCACUCUCAUAAA